UUGACCGUAUAACCGUUGGCAUUUCAUUCUUAUAAUUCCUUCCUUUUUUUUCCUUUUCUUCUCUUAACACAUAAACCCAAAUCCCCAAGAACAAAUAGAAGAAGAAGAAGAAGGAAGGAACAACAACAACAUCAACAAAAUCUCUCUCUCUCUCUCUCUAAUUCUGAUUAUGUAAAUCCUUCUUUCAAUCAUCUCUCUGUAACUCAUCUUCUUCCAUUUACUCUACAAUACAAUGCCUCUGUUUUCACUCUUCCGCCAUCUCAUCUUUCCUAUCAUAUUUCUUCCUUCCCUUUGCUCCGCCGCUGAUCCCUACGUCUCUUACGACUUCCGCCUCUCUUACAUCACCGCCUCUCCCUUGGGCGUUCCCCAGCAGGUUAUAGCUGUGAACGAACAGUUUCCUGGUCCUCCAAUCAAUGCCACUACUAAUUACAAUGUUGUUGUUAAUGUAUGGAAUGAUUUGGAUGAAAAUCUUCUAUUGACUUGGUCCGGGAUUCAAAUGCGGAGAAACUCCUGGCAAGAUGGUGUUCUUGGAACCAAUUGUCCAAUUCCUCCAAAGUGGAACUGGACCUACCAGUUUCAAGUCAAGGAUCAGAUUGGAAGUUUCUAUUACUUUCCAUCGCUCAAUUUUCAAAGAGCAUCUGGUGGGUUUGGCCCAAUUGUUAUUAAUAAUCGAGAGAUUAUCUCGAUUCCUUUUCCUCAACCUGAUGGAGAAAUUUCCAUUAUGAUUGGUGAUUGGUAUACAAGAAACCACACGGCACUCAGGGCAGAUCUUGAUGCUGGAAAGGAACUUGGAAUUCCAGAUGGAGUUCUUAUCAAUGGCAAGGGGCCUUACCAGUACAACACAACUCUCGUACCUGCCGGUAUCCAAUACGAAACUAUUCAAGUUCAUCCUGGAAAAACUUAUCGAGUUCGUGUGCACAACGUUGGGAUUUCUACCAGUUUGAAUUUUAGAAUCCAAAGUCACAAUAUGCUUCUAGCAGAAACAGAGGGACAUUAUACAGUUAUGCAAAAUUACACAGACUUUGAUAUACAUGUUGGACAAUCAUACUCUUUCUUAGUUACCAUGGACCAAAAUGCCAGUACAGAUUACUACAUUGUUGCAAGUGCUAGAUUUGUGAAUGAAUCACUUUGGCAAAAGGUAACUGGUGUUGCCAUCUUACACUACUCCAACUCCAAAGGACCAGCAACCGGCCCUCUCCCAGAUCCUCCCAAUGAUUUUUACGACAAGGAGAGAUCAAUGAACCAGGCCAGGAGUGUAAGGCAAAAUGUAUCUGCUAGUGGUGCCCGUCCUAAUCCACAGGGAUCUUUUCACUAUGGUCAGAUAAAUGUUACUCAUACAUAUUUGUUGAAGAGUGAACCAUUAGUGACGAUCAACAAAACCGCUCGCGCAACCUUCAACGGUAUCUCAUUUGUUCCUCCUAAAACACCAAUCAGGCUUGCUGACCAACAUAAAGUUAAGGGAGCAUACAAGCUUGAUUUUCCUCAUACGCCAUUGAACAGAACACCAAAGGCAGAUAUAUCUAUUAUAAAUGCAACAUAUAAAGGAUUUAUUGAAGUAAUAUUCCAGAACAACGAUUCUAUCAUCCACAGUAUUCAUAUGGAUGGUUAUUCAUUUUUUGUGGUUGGUAUGGGUUAUGGUGAUUGGUCAGAAGACAAAAGAGGUAGCUACAAUAAAUGGGAUGCAAUUACCCGAUGCACGACUCAGGUUUAUCCUGGGGCUUGGACUGCCGUUCUUAUUUCUCUAGACAAUGUUGGAUCAUGGAAUCUUAGAGCAGAAAAUUUGGAUAGAUGGUAUUUAGGUCAAGAAACAUACUUGAGAAUUAUCAAUCCGGAGGAAAAUGGGAAAACCGAGAUGGAAGCUCCUUCAAACGUUCUAUACUGCGGUGCUUUGCAGAGUUUGCAGAAGGAACAGCACCACAAAAGCAAUGGCAAAUCAAUCUUCAAGGGACACUCCAAACUCUUCAUCGCUCUUCUGAUGGCACUUCUAAAUCUGGUUUCCAUCUUUAGCUAAAAGUAACUUUUAUGAUUGACGAACAUUGUUUCCAUUUACUUCUCAUCAGAGUCGUCGUUUUCGGGAUCAACAUCAUUGGUUUCGUUUUGGGAUAUUGUCAUUUGAUUUGUUUUGUAUACAGUCAGUUAGGUGUGAAUGAGUCAUUUUCCAUAGAGAGAUUGGUCUAAGUGACAUUCUUUUCUGCCCUUUCCUCAACUUAGUGAAAUUGUAACUUGAAUAGUUUAGCAAUGUUAGCAAAAAUUUGCAGUCAUGUCCUUGAGAAUUCCUUUUUGCCUCUUGUGAUCAAAUGAUUGUUUGGUUUAAAA